CCCGGGCCAGCGCGGCGGGGCUGGGCCGGCUCACUGCUGCCUCCCCAGGUGGUCCGGCGGGUGCUGGCCCAGACCAGCAGCGGGGGCUUCUGCGGGAAUGACGGCUUCAUGCACAUGACCCUGAGCAGCCUGCCCUUCGGCGGCGUCGGUGCCAGCGGGAUGGGCAGAUACCACGGCAAGUUCUCUUUCGACACCUUCUCCCACCACCGCGCCUGCCUGCUGCGCCCCCCGGGCCUGGAGAAGAUCAACCGUCUGCGGUACCCGCCCUACUCGCCGGGCAAGCUGAGGCUGCUGCUGCUGGCCAUGCAGGACCGAGGCUGCAGCUGCACCCUGCUGUGAGCCGCUUCACGCCAAGGCCUCCUCCUCCCUCAGCUGCACCCCAACUGGGACAGGUCAAGGUGAGGGUGUGUGGAAACCGCCACCGCCCUCCGCUUGCCACCGAGCCUGGGAGAGGGGCAGACGUGGCACCCCGAGUCACCCCCUUCCCGUGCAGGGCACAGGAGGGGCAGUGGCCUAUGGUCAGGCCCUCCGUGGACCCUCUGAGACUCAGGCUGUCCCUGCGUCUGGCCUGUCCCCCCACUGGUGGUGGAGGGCGAAACUUUGACCCUCCUGAGAUCCUUCUGGGAUGAAAUUUGGGGAUUUAGUAAAUGCGUGUCACUGAC